AUGGCCAGCAAAGCAGCAAACAAGCGGUUGACCCGCGAAUACAAGACCAUCUCCGAGAACCCGCCGCCUUACAUCACCGCUCACCCCUCAGAGUCCAACAUCCUAGAAUGGCACUACAUCAUUACUGGUCCUGAGGACACUCCCUAUCACGGGGGACAGUAUUGGGGUACGCUGAUAUUCCCUCCGAACUAUCCGUUUGCGCCGCCCGCCAUUCGAAUGCAUACCCCGUCCGGCCGAUUCCAGCCAUCAACCCGACUCUGCCUUUCGAUUUCCGACUUCCACCCCAAAUCCUUCAACCCUGCGUGGGAAGUCUCCACCAUCCUUAUCGGACUUCUUUCCUUCAUGACGAGCGAAGAGAUGACGACUGGCUCCGUCUCCAGCACUGCGGCUGAGCGACGAUACCUUGCCUCACGAUCUCGGUGGUGGAACUCGACCGGAAACGGAUCAAACUCUAAGGCCAACCCCGCAAUGAAGGGCAACGUUAAGGCCGGCGAUGGUGGCGCCAAGUUCCGAGCGGAGUGGUCAGACGUCGAUGUUGAGAACUGGGAGUGGAUCAAGAAGAACAAGGUCGACCCUGUGACGGGCACCCGAUUAGACGUCGACAAUGCCGCCUCUUGUCGCCCCCAGUUGGGAAUUGCUGCAUCAGGCAGCGGUCAUCAGGCACAGGCUGUUGUGGAUGCCGUAGUCCAGCAACGGGAAGCCGGAACUAGUUGGAUCUACCGUAACAAGCUCCUUGUUGCAGGAGCUGCCAUCUUCAUCUACGUUCUCAUCGCACGCCUCGUCAGUGGCGAUGGGAGCAGCUCGUCAUAG